AUGCAGAGGUUGAAAUAUGAAUGUAUUGAUAAUUUUCAUCCUGUUUAUUUUGUUGGUUUUUUAGGAACUGGUAUAACUACAAAUAUACUUUAUAAUUUUCCAUACAAGGCAAAAUGGUUACAAGUUUUAGGUUUGAUUAUGUUUGCUUUGACAAUUUUCAUAUUCCUCCUGACUAAUUUAAUGCUACUACUUAGUAUUUUAUAUCAUCCCAAAAGAUUAACUUUAUAUAAUCAUGAUUCAACAUAUUCGAUCUAUUUUGCAGUUUAUUCAAUGGGAUAUACUACUAUUGUCAAUGCAAUUCAUUUGUUCGCCCACGGUAGAUUUCCUAUUUUUUUAUGGGUUUUAUGGUGGAUUGGAGUAUUUAUUGCAAUUUAUAAUUCCUCAAUCAUGUUCUUCCUAUCAUUUUUAAGUAAGAUUAAUGCUCAUUCAUUAUCAAAUAUCCAUGCUUCGAUAUUUAUGCCAAUAGUUUGUCCAUGUGUUAUUUCAUCAACUGGUCAUUUGAUUGCACCUGAUUUGCCUAAUGCUCAAUUAAAAAUCAUAACUGAAAUAUUAUCCCUAAUGUUAUUAUUUGUAUCUUUGAUUUUAUUUCAUGGUGUUGGUGCAUUAUAUAUUGCUAGAUUAGUACUUUGCAAAAUUCCAAACACUCAAAAUUUAUUCACUUCAUAUUUACCAGUGGGGUUCACUGGUCAAUCAAGUUACAGUAUAAUGUUAUUCGGCUCAAAUAUGGUUAAUUUUAUUCCUGACGAAUCAAUAGGUAAUGCUUUUGGAGUUUCUUGUGGCUUAAUUUCUACGUUUUUCUUAUCUGGUGGCUAUAUUUAUCUAUUCAUUGCUAUUGCUUCAACCCUUGCUAAAAUACGACCGUUUGCAAAGAGUUUAAACCUAGAACACACCAAGUAUGGAUUGAUUAAAUGGAAUAAAGGCUUUUGGACCUUGACUUUCCCGAUUGGAACUAUGUCACUUGCAAACUUUGAAAUUUCAAAAGGAGUGAUUGGUGGCUAUGAAUUGAAGUUUUUUAAGGUUAUGAGUGCUAUAUUUGGUGUUGCUUUAAUAUUGGUAUGUGUUGGGAAUUUAAUUGGGUUGAGUUACAAAAUUUACAAAAAGUUUAUGCUUAAAGAGUUCAAAAAUGAUAAAACUGAAAAAGUAUAG